UCUUCUGAUUCUCUUCUGUGCCUGUAGUGCCUCUCGUGCUUCUUGCAACCCACACGGCAGAAGAGAAGACAAAAGGACGGACGGACUUACAGAAAUUAAAAAAAAAAAGUUCGCCAAACUCUCGCGCAGCCCGCGCGCUCCCGCACACACACACACACGCACUCGCGCGCAAACCGCCUAGCGGGUCCAUUUCCAUCCGAGCGGCUGACUGGCUGGCUGGAUCGUCACGAAGCGGACCUGUUACUCGCUCCAGAAAUAACGCGGACAAUGUCGUGGACCUCGGUGCUGCUGUUGCUGCUGUCGCCCAUCACCUGUGGAUUCACUCUGGCGCAGACUCCAGACGAUUUCAAAGAUGUUAUCAUGGGAUGCAGUAAUAUGGGUGUUUUCCACGUGGAGAGGGGGCGAUACCAGCUCACGUACGAGCAGGCGGAUGGGCUCUGCAAAGCGUAUGGCGUUGUCUUGGCAAACGAGGAGCAGCUGAAAGUGGCCCACCAGAACAACUUCCAGACCUGCAGAAAUGGUUGGGUUUACAACAAAACAGUUAUGAUACCACGGAUAGAUUCUAAUGAGCUGUGUGGAGGUGGAAAAACUGGAUUAAUCUUCGUCACGGACAACCAAACAAAAUAUGACGCCUACUGCUUCAACGCUACAGAAACAAAGCCAAUUAACUGUGCAACACGUACCAUCGUCCCGACUUCACCCAAGCCGAGCACCGUUGCUGCAGUCACUGAAGGGACCACAGCUAAGACAGCUGACACUACCACAUAUGCAGUUAAGGAUAACGAAGGCGAAGAAGAGGUUUCUACUACAAGUAUCCCAUUGGUAACUUCUACCGAAAUAUGGACGAAUGAGGACGAAGUCACUAGUACCCCAAGUAUGCUGUCAACACUGCAUGAGAAGAACACCGGGUCACGAUCUUCAAACAAAUCAAGGCCCUACUAUAUAGGGGAAGAGCCAUCUGCAUCCACCGCCGACCCUUCGUCCUUCUCUGUGCAUAACGUUACGACGUUCCCUGCCACCCUUCCUUUGACCACCCCCUCUGGAGACUCGACCGAGGACAUGUCUCACCGAGGGGAUUCUGGGGUGGAGGUUACCACACAGACGUUUCAAGAAGUUAACGACUCUUCUUCUCAACCGCCAACAAAUGAAGACGGCAUCGUGGCUGGCAGCAAAGGGGACGAGUUGGUUACUGAAGGGCCCGAGGAUCUCGUUACUCCAACUGCCCAAAACACACCAACGUCCUUUCCCAUCGAAACGUUUUGGAUGAGCACCUCCGUGGACAUUGACGCUGACAACAUCACGCAGUCAAAUGAGGGACUGGAAGCUCUUCCACCAGACCCAAUCAACUCAAACUCCUCAUCUUCUUCUGUGGAAAGAGACGACAAGGCGGCCAAUACAGAUUUCAUAGAUUCAUCUUAUUUUAAUACAUCUUUAUCUCCGGUCAGAUUUAUCUCACAUUACCUUCAAGACUGGCUGAUCAUUUUGGCUAUCGCCCUGUCCGUGCUAAUACUGGCCUUUGUGUGCAUCGCUAUUCUGUACAGGAGAAAGUACCAUGGAAAGAAGCAGAAGCUGGUGAUCUCUGGCAAACCUGCUCAGGGCAGUAAAGAGGAUACAGCCCAGAAUGAGAAGGAGCAGGAAAUGGUCCGUCUGAUGAACCAAGAGAAAGCAAUGGAGAACGGAGGCACAAAUGAAGACUUCACAGACAUAACACUUGAUGAGCAAGCUGAGAAGGUGUAGUGGCGUUGGACUCGCCCAUCGGGUGGUGACGUGUCACCGCGCAACAGUGGAACUGAAACAACUUAUGGGCGGGGGGGUGCUGUUGGUAAGGGGAGGGUUGGGGUCUAAUAGAGGUCAAGUCAAGAUAUUAUAGAGGCGCCCCGCCGAGCAAUUAUCCCACCGACCUUCUUUUAUGCGGCUUGCAGAAAAGCAGGACCCUGGACUGUUAACCAAAAUGUUUGAAAAACCUUUCACGACAUUCCUGGCAUCGCUAUCGCUCUUGUGUUUUAUUUUUUUUAAUCCAAUAUGACACGACUUCGCUUAUCAAGCGGAAAAUCUACCGAGGGUGCCAUCUGAAAGACGUCCGCCUACCCGAGAGAGCCAUCCUCUCGUCCCAGCAGCCAUGCUUCUCCUGCGCCUGCCUGCUCUUACCAUUACAGACUAAUCUGUAGAUACACAAUGUCUGUCCAUCUGCUGCUCGCACGUCAUUGUCAAAACCUCACUGCCGGUUUCACCUUUUUGGGGUGGAUAAGUCGUCACAGUGUUGAUCCAGAGUAUCGGAAAAUGUCCUCGAUACGUGGUACCCCCGAGUGUUACAAAGAUCAUUAGUGAUGGUCCUCACAAAAUUCAUUUCGGCUCAUCAUUUCAAGACUCCCGCUGAUAGUACGCGCCGUGGCAUCGUUAGUCGGUCAGGGUGAAUCUUGCAGUGAACGUUGAUUUGUUUUUUUGUGUUAACGUUUGCUGCCUGUGUCCUCCAAGUGCCUGUGGAUUUGUACCGUAAGUCAUUUAAUCCAAGAUGCAUUUUACUCAUCCAUCCACCUGCCAGCGGAGCGCCGUCCACAGGGGGGCGCUUGUCUGCCGGAAAAUAUCAGAAUACACUUCUUUUCCUCAAUCCACACUUUUCUUUAUAUUGUUUUUUUUUUUUGUAUUUUUUAAAAUUCAUAUUUUGUAAAUUAUUGAAAGAGAAUUUACUGUUGUAUAAAAUCACAUUCCGCUGCUUUUUAUAGCUGUUAAUAAUUGGGUAAUUAGUACAAUAUUGUGUCAUGUUGUUUUUAUAAUGCAGCCGUCAGCUUUAUUCUCAAAGCUUCCUAGAUAUUAUAUGAAAAUAUAAAACAAAAUGUGGGUUGGACACCCUUGUGUAUUUUUGUUUUUCUACUUAGAGUGUUACACGGAUUUCUAUCUCCAUCUGGUUAAGGGAGCUGCGCCUGAAUGGAGUCUCUGUGGGCAUGGAUGGGGCUUGUUUGUUUUAUUUUACUUGUAAGUUUAUUUCGAUGUGGAAUCUCCAGCAGAUUUUCUGUAAUCAGCCUCUUUGACCUGGGAAUUGUGAAUCGCAAGGAUUAUGUUGCCUUAUAAAAUCGAGAAUGAGGUUAAGAUAGAACAACGUGUAUUAUAUAAUUAAAUACUCCAUAAAAACAAAGUUACACGUGCGCCAUCUUUUAUUAGAGUGUCUUGAAGGCUUUCUGUAUGCGAUUCAAACCCACUCAUGAAAUCAGCAAAAUAGCCUUAAGUACAGCUGGCCUGCAAAAUAUGUCAUAGACAGGGGACAGAAGGUGACGGGUAAACCACAAAUUGUGUCACGCUGUGAUGAACACGCACCAGUGGGGAACACAGAACCAACUACACACAGAAAAAUAACCCACGCUGUGCCACUCUCAAAAAUGAAA